GAAAACGCUGAAAGACUAACUCUAACCAGAACUUAUAAUUUUAACCAGAUUUACAACAACUUGCAAAUAUUUACAAUGAAUAAACUUAGACAAGAUACGGAAGCAAAAGAUAAGUUGAAGAAAAAGAAGAAAAAGAAACAUAACGUAAACAAGCAAAAGAAGAACUCUGAGCCAGUAAAUAUAUCGGCAGAGCUUGUGGCAGCCCUUAAAGGUCUUCGCCUUGACAGCAAGCCGAAGGCGAAGGUAAAGGCAAAGACAAAGAACAAGAAGAAAUGUAAGAAAUCCAAGCCAAAAGCUAUGGUACAAGAUCAGGUCGCAAGUACAUCAGACCAACCGACUUUACAAAAAGAACCUGAACACUGUGCGUGGAAUUUAGAUUGUAGUCACGUCACCACGUAUCGUCCUCCUUCAAUGUAAAUUAUUAUGUUGUUUCGCAUUCUACGUGUUAUGAUCAAUGUUAUAUUAGUUACAUUUACCUAUUUAUGUGAAUUUUUAUAUUUUGAACGUUUGGAAUAGCUGUGUCAAAUAGUUCGUAACGUCAUCGUUGUUGUUAAGAUAUGAAUGUUGUUCGUAAUUGUUGUGGUUGUUGAUAUUUCGCUUUUGGAAAAUUUUCUAUGUACGAGUUGUUAAUGAAAAGAAGUCGUCGCCUAAAUUUUUUCUAAAGCUUUGUUAAUAAUAUUUUAUUUAAAUUAAGAUACGGAAUAAUGAAACACACUCACCAGGUUAAUUUAAUGUUUAAAUUCUAUAAAAGAAAAUGUUCAUGCUGAAACUGACUUUCCUCAGAUAGGCAAUCAUUUCAGGGAUAUUUAAUUAUUAAUGAAGAUAAAAGUAUAUUACGUUAAUGAACAUUUUCCCUGGAGUCAUAAAAUUCCGA